AAAGACACACCUCACUCUUCCUAAAAGUCCUCAAUCUGGAGGUCUGAAAUCGUGUCUAAAGGUAAUACAUGGCAGAAAAGAAGCCAGAUUCAUUAGCAAGAACAUCCUUCAAGUCUAAAGGUAAACCAGUGAAGGUCGUUCAUAUUGGAAACCCUAAAAUUGUUAUAGCAAUCGAAUCCGAAUUCUCUGCUGUUGUGCAGUCCCUCACUGGAAAUAAGAGGCCAUCAGCCAAGUCUGCUACUUAUGAUUCUUCGUCAUUUACCCCUAAAAGACUGAAUAGGGAUUGUUGUGGUAGUCAAGUGAAAAUACCCAUGUUUGAAGAUCAAUUCAAAUUUCGCCCAAUGCCCAACAGUAGCCCGCAGCCCCCACUUUCUCAUCAAAUGCCUACAAUUAGAGCAGAUAGCGUUUCUACAUCCGAAGUUCAGCAGAAGGAGAUAAUUUCUGAUGUGUACAACUAUCAAACGUUUGACACACUGGAAAACCUUGGAGACGCCCAAUUUUUCCAGUUUUUGUUCCCAUAUUUAUGUGAUGAGCGAAUAUGAAGUAUUCUGAACAAUCGACGGAUCCUGUAAAAAGUCCAGGCAUUACUUCUUUUUAUAUUUUCCCUUUCUAGAGCGAGUGCUCAUUUUGCAAUGUUUAAUUUCAAUAUUAUUUCUGUGCCUUUGAGCAUAACUAAGAGCUUGUCAAUUGUGAGGUGAAAGAGAUUAAAAUCUCAUUUUGUGUUUAUUAUCUUCUGUAUGUUUUGGAGCCAGUUAUACUUACAUGUAAUAUGGAUGUGAUAGUAUUGGCAAGACUUACCAGUAAUAAUCUCAAUUGUCUAUGGAAUCACCUUUGCACUGCAGAAGGACU